CCCCUGCGACUCUUUGCCAACCUAUCUGCGCUGCAGACUCUGGUGUUGUCGCACAACUCCAUGGACCUCCUCCCCGCCGGGGUUUUCCAGGGUCUGGUGGGACUGGCAACUCUGCAUCUGAGCCACAACAACCUCUCCAGCCUGCCGGCUGGGCUGCUGGCCGGGCUGCCCGCCCUCACUACCCUGGUGCUGGACCACAACCGCCUGGCCCACCUGCCUCCUGGGCUCUUUGAUGCCAAUGAGGAGCUGGUGCGAGUGGGGCUGGCCAGCAACCCCUGGACCUGUGACUGCCGCCUUGCCUACCUCCUGGGUUGGCUCCAGGGCUUUGCUGAGCCUCUCACUCAUGCACAAGCCACCUGUGCCAGCCCAGCUGCUCUCCAGGGGCAGUCCUUGCUGGAGGUCCCCCAGAGGCAGCUGCAGUGCCCGGGAGCACCCGGUGUUCCCUCGGAGGAGGGAUGGGAUGGGGACCUGGGGGAGCAUGCUCCAGGGCAGUGUGCCUACAGGAACCCCGAAGGCACCAUAAGCAUGACCUGUGAUGCCACAAGCUGCCAGCAGCUCAGCCUUCGCCUCCCUCCUCCUCCUCCCAGGCAGGCAAUGGGGCUGGGGCCAGUGUACCAGGGUGCCUGGGUGUUACACUCCCGCUGUGGCACACUGCAGGUCAGCGUGCUGGUCACUGUACAGAGCAGGGAUGAGACCACAUCGCCAGGUCCUCCCACUGCACCCUAG